AUGGCUAAUAUGACCGCGGCAUUUUUCUAUCAAGACUUCAGUCCUGGACAGAUGAUUAUUGGUAUGGAAGUGAGCACAGUCCUUUCAGCUAUCAUCUCAGCAUUUGGUAUUUUUACUAAUACAAUAGUCAUACGAACUUUCAUGGCCAUGGGGCCAGCAGACGGCAUGACCGUUGCGUUCUUACUUAUGUCCCUUGUGGACUUGACCUUUUCAGCCGUCUCGUUCAGCCUGAGCAUCAGUACAAUAUUUUUAAUUCUGGAGACCCUGUCUGGUAACUUCUUUCCCGUACAGCCAUACGGCAUAGGUGUUUACUUUGCCAACUUGUUAAUUCCCUUGUCUGCCAUCAUUUCGCUCCAGACAAGCUUCAUCGCUAUAGCCAGAUGCUUGUGUGUGGCUGCGCCAUUUUAUUUCAAGAACAUGUUCACGCGGAGCCUCACUCUGGCGUUCAUGGUGUCUUUUACCGUGUUCUCGUCUGCUGUGUAUGUUUCCGUCUUUGUGUUUAUGGGAAUGGUUGACAAAACGGACAAUAUAAAAAAUCUAACCAGGCCAAUGCUGUGGGUUUCACCCAACAGGGAGCCAACAAAGAGUAUCGUCUCAACCAUCAUCGCCAUAAUCAUUCCGCUGGCUUCGCAACUCAUCGUCAUCAUUACACUCGUUGUUAUGGCAACCUCUUUGAGAAAUUCGUACCAUUUUAGGCUAUCUGCAGCAAUAGGGAUAGAUUCACCAAAACGCAAUCGUCAAAGUGCAGCACCCAGUGGAAUUGAUAGACCUACUUCGAAAACGGCAAACAAAGAAUGUACAAUUUCUAGCAAAGAAAUGCAAAUAAUCAAACAGGUGGCGCUGUUAUCAGCACUGUAUGUCGUCUGCCACAUACCAAAGAUAAUGUUUAUAAUUACCGGACUUGUUCUUCCUGAGUUCAAUUUGAAUCGCGAGCUUCAAAAUUUGUAUCUGACGAUGAGCAACACUAGGAUGUUGUUUGAAAUGAUCAACUCUGCAUCUAACUUUCCAAUUUACUUCAAAUACAAUUCAAAAUUUAGAAAACUGCUUGGAAAGAAAAUGUGUCGACAAAAAAAUUCGUAG